AUGGCAUUUGCAAGCUGGUGGUAUAAGACGCAUGUCAAUGAGAAAACCAGUGGAUUACCUUCAAAGCCAGGAGAGAGGAAAACCAAGGCUAUAAAGACAGAGCCUGAAAAGAAAUCACAAUCAACUAAGCCAUCUGCGGUUCACGAGAAAAUAUCCCAGGAAGGAAAGCCAAAGGAACAUACGGAGCCAAAGAGUUCACCCAAGCAGGUACCAGACACAGGAAGCAAGCAUGCUCCUAAGGAAAAAGCAGUUUCCAGAUCAAGUGAGCAGCCAACAUCAGGGAAGUCGACAGAACCAAAGACAAAGUCGCAAGACACCAUUUCUGCUGGUGGAGAGAGCAUCGUUGCUGGUGUAGCUGACAAAUCAGGUGACAAGAAAAAAGAAAAGAAGUCAGUAGCUCCAGCUGCACCUGCUGACUCCAAACUGGAUAAACCAUCUGGAAAGUCGGGCAUGGGUGCCACUUUGGAUGACUUAAUAGACACCUUAGGAGCACCUGAAGAAGCCGGAGAUGAUAAUACAGCAUACACCAGACCAGAAGUUUUGGAUCCAAUGACUUCGAUCUACAUAGAAGAACUGGGUAAAAAAGAAUCCACAAUUCCUCCAAAAUAUAGGGAACUUCUGGCUAAAACAGAAGGCAUCACAGGACCUCCUCCAGACUCUUCGAAACCCAUGGGGCCAGAUGAUGCUAUCAAUGCCUUGUCGUCUGACUUCACCUGCAGUUCUCCCACCCCUGGUGGAAAGAAAACUGAGAAGGAGAAAUCUACAGGAGAAGUUUUAAAAUCUCAGUCCGCUGGGGUAAUCAGGAGUGAUGCUCCACCCCAGGAGAAGAAAAGAAAGGUGGAGAAGGCAAAAGCGAAAGAGGAAAAACGAGAGAGGUGCGGUGAGGAUGAUGAGACAGUGCCGUCCGAAUACAGACUGAAACUAGCCAAGGAUAAAGAUGGAAAACCAUUACUGCCAGAGCCUGAAGAAAAACCCAAGCCGCUGAGUGAGUCAGAACUCACUGAUGAACUUUCAGAAGAUUUUGACCAGAGUAAACAUAAAGAAAAACAGUCUAAACCAACUAAAAAAUCAGAAGCAUCUAAGGCUGCUGCCCCAACCCCUGUGGCAGAGGUGGUGCCUCGGACCUCCACCUGCUCAAUACAGUCCACUGCAGCCAAGCCAGCUGCCUCGAAGGGCACGGUGCCGGACGAUGCUGUGGAAGCCUUGGCUGGUAGCCUUGGGAAAAGGGAAGCAGACCCAGAAGACGGAAAACUUGUGGUGGAUGAAAUCAAGGAGAGAUCCAAAGAAGAAGACCAUGAAAAACUUGGUGAGAAAGAUGAAACAAUUCCUCCUGAGUACAGAUUAAAAGAGAUAAAGGAUAAAGAUGGAAAACCACUCCAGCGAAGUGCCCAAGUGCUUCCUCCUUUGAGUGAAGAGUUUCUUCUUGAUGCUUUAUCUGAGGACUUCUAUGGUCUCCCAAACACUUCAUCUUUUAAAUUUCAAGAGGCUAAACUUGCUGCUGCCAUCUCUGAAGUGGUUUCUCAAAUCCCAGCUUCAACCCCCCAAGCUGCAGGCCCACCCCCUGACACUCUGCAGAGCAACAAAGAACUGGAUGACGCCCUGGAUAAACUUUCUGACAGUCUAGGACAAAGGCAGCCUGACCCCAAUGAGAACAAGCCAAUGGAGGAUAAAGUAAAGCAAAGGGCUAAAGCCGAACAUAGAGACAAGCUAGGAGAAAGAGAUGACACCAUCCCACCAGAGUAUAGACACCUCCUAGACAACGACAAGAAGGACAAACCAGCAAAGCCACCUACAAAGGAAUCAGAGAAACCCAGAGGUGACCAAGACCAUGAUGCCCUCUCAGAGGAUUUAGACAGCUGUCCCUCAACUACAGAAACCUCACAGAAGUCAGCAAAGGACAAAAGCAAUAAUUCUCGUACCAAAGUGUCCAAGAAUGGAAGAAAACCAAAGGAUUCAACAAAGACAACAGAGGAAACUUCACAGCCAAAAGCUGAUGAAGGAAAUACAAGUUAGAGUUUACAGUAUUUGGGUAUCUGCAUAUAAAAUCUUCAG